AUGACAACUACUAACAACGGUGGUGAAGUACAAAAUUUAAGAGAAAAAAAUAAUAUUAAAGGUGACGGUAUGAAUCAGUCAUCGACGCCACCGACUGCUACUCCAGCUGUAGACGAAGCAGCUGUUGAUGAAACAACAAAGACAAAAUCUCAAGAACCUUCUUUAGAACAAGCAUUCUUUUUUGGAUUAAGUAUUGAUGAUGCCGUUAAUUCAGCUGAAAAUCUUAUGGAAUUAUUCUAUAAUGCAUGCAAAUAUAAUCAUUUAGAACUUGUUAGAAGAUGUAUCGAAGAGAAACAUAUUAAUGUUAAUGAACCAUUCAAUAAUGAUUAUCCAUUAUGUAUUGCUUGUCAUAAAGGUCAUCUUGAAAUAGUACGUUAUUUAUUGGCUCAUGGUGCUGAUAUUCAUAUUAAACGAGAAAUGAAUUUAUCGACUGCACGUGGUAAUCAACGUUUAUCACGUGCUACUGUAUCUUAUGGUGAUAGUCCACUUACGCUUGCAGUCAAAUAUGGCUUUGAAGAUAUUGCUAUUGAAUUAGUUGAAUAUGGAAGUGAUAUAUUUAAUGAAAAUAAUGAUUUUGAAAAAUCUCCUUUACAAGAUGCUAUUCGACUUAAUCGCCAUCGUAUAUUAAAUGUUUUUAUUAAUAAACUUAAAACAACUAAAGCAACAUCAGGUUAUGAUGAAUCAUUAUUAUUACAGAAGAAAGGUGAUAUACUUCGGCAAUGUCUUAUUAAUGAUCAAAUCGAUGCAUUACGUAUUUUUGUACCAAAUGUUUGGGAAGAACUUAAUAGUGAUUUUAUGUUAACUGUAUUAAAUAAUCUUAUGUUAAAAAAUAAAAUUCAAUCAGACAAAGCAUUUGAUGUGUUAGAAACUAUUCUUGACGCUAUUCCAGCACCAAAAUUAAAAAUGUAUGAUAUUGGAGAUUUACUUAAACGAUUUUUACAUGUUUUACAAGCUCAAUUCUUAACGAUUAAUGAUGAUCGAAUUCAGAUUCUUUAUUUACGUACAUCACUUCUUUUUACUAUUCUUAAAUAUCAUGAUACAGUUGAUUUUACUAAUUAUAUGGAUUUAUUAGAUAUUUAUUUUCGUGCUAUUCACAAUAGUGUUGAAAGUACAGGCGAAGGAAUCAAUCAAAUUUAUGAAUAUAUUGUUCGUUUUUAUGAAAAUCUUGUGACAAUGGGUCAUCUUAUUUUAACAGAUAAUAAUGUUAUAUUAAGAUUACUUGAAUGCGAACAUGUUCAAAAAAUGCAACCAAUUGAUAUGUAUCUAUCAUGGCGUGCACGUAACCCAUUUUUACUUAAGGAGAGAUGUCGUCUAAUGAUCAAAAAUAUAUUACCGACUUACAAACGUGCAACACUCGAAAAAUUAAAUCUCAAUGAAGAUACAUUUUUAUAUUUAUAUUAUCAACGAUAA